AUGGCAUCGAGUAGCACGCUCCCUCUUACCAUGCGCGCUGCCCAAUGGCGCUCAAUCAAAGGCGGCAUCGACAAGAAUCUCACUCUCGUUGCUGAUGCUAAACUACCCAAAAAUGCUUCAUCGCUUCCCAAAGGACAAACCCUCAUCAAAGUCGCAUACGCAUCGGUCAAUCAUCUCGAUUACAAAAUCGCUGAGAUGCCUCUCACUAACUUUAUGUUCUCUAAACCUGCCACGCCAGGCCUUGACUUCUCCGGCACGAUUGUCUCUACGGCACUGGUUGGGUUCCAGCCUGGACAGAAGGUAUUUGGAAGGACAGAGUUACCGAUUGGGGGAACUCUUGCCGAGUAUGUUGUUGUUGGGAGUAAGGGAAUGGCGGGUCUGCCGGAUGGUGUUGAGCUUAGAGAUGCAGCCUGCGUUGGAAUUUGCGGGACAACGGCGUUGCAGUGCAUGUCUCCGUUUGUUAAAGCGGGUGAUAGAGUGCUCAUAAAUGGUGGUAGCGGAGGUGUUGGUGUUUUUGCAAUGCAGGUUGCCAAAGCAUUGGGAUGCUCUCAUGUCACGGUCACUUGCUCCGCUUCCAAUGCCGACUUCUGUCGAAGCCUUAGUGCCGAUGAGACCAUUGACUACAAGUCUGAAGACCCAAUCGAAGUUCUCAAGAAGAAGGAGGAUAAGUUUGACUUAGUUCUCGACACCAUCUUCAACGAUCCGAAUCUUUACUGGCAGUCCCAUCAAUAUCUCAAACCUGAAGGCCAGUAUGUUUGCGUAGGUCUACCACCACGCUUUCAAACAUUUAAAUCCCUCCUUGCCAUCAAUCUGUUACCGAGAUGGCUAGGUGGUGGGAAGAGGAAGUUCAAGUAUCACUCUGUAACCGCAAACGGGAAAGACUUUGGACAGUUUGCGGAUUGGAUGAGAGAGGGAAAGGUGAGGGCUGUUAUUGAGGAGGAGUUUGGGCUGGAGGAUGCAGGAAGGGCUUAUGCGAGACUGAAAGAAGGUCGGACAAAAGGAAAGUUGGUUGUACGCGUUGAGGGUGAAGCUGAUGUGAGUUCUCAAGGUAUGGAUCAGUGA